AUGGCCGGUUCCACAACCCAAGCCUCUACUGCCGCUACCAGAGGAGCCGCAGUCAAACGAACCCCCUCUUCGUCUACUUCAACACCUCCAACAGCUUCCAAGAAAUCCAAAACAAGCUCGAUUGCUUCCUCACGUGAAACCAUCACGGCCAUAUCCUCCCCUUCGCUGCCUGUCACAUUUAGCAUGGGUUCCAACAUCACCAAGGCCGAAGCAACCACUACCGCCAACAACACGCCGCGAGACACCCGCGGGACGACCCGCGCAACGCCCAACCAGACCGCGGACCUCAUCAACGCAUACAGCGAAAUCAAUAACUCUUUUUCCGCCUUAAUGGAGAGACUAAAAAAUCAUUCAUUUGUGAUGGAGGAUAUGUGGGAUGUGCCUUACAUCUCGUAUACAAAGGAUAUCGAUGGUUUCCAGGAAGAGCCACAAGAAGCAGGAGCUAUCGACAGUGAACCUAUUGAACUAGGUAUCAUAUAUCUGUCGGACAGUUCAUCUGCAGAGUCGGUCGAUGAGGAAAUGAUAGACAAUGAGUCUCGCGGGUCAGAGGCUCAGGGAAGCUUGAUUCAGGCGGCUCAGACACCUCCCCCACAAGGCACCACCCUGUAUCAAACUAGUAUGAGUGGUUCUCCGUCGAAUGAAACAGAAGAAGUAGAAGUGAACAGCCUCGGUGGCAUGCAAAUCGAGACACGACCAGUGGCGGCCGCGAAGCAAAAUCUAUCUACAGAGACCGAUACCAGUGUUGUUCAGUUUGAAAUGAAAGGAAGUUCGAGUCGAGUCAACGACUCCGAGCCCAAAUCAGCAUCACCUAACAACAAGGCACGCGUACCAGAUAUUCCCUAUGACGAAGAUCUACCACUAGAGGCAAAACAUCUUCCGCGCAUCAAGUUCGAGAAAGCCUAUACGUAUGCCAUUCGCGAUUGGGAACCCCGAAUCAAGAGUGCCAAAUGGAGACUCAAAAGAAAAGCUCGACCUUUCACCGAGCUUGAAGACACUUGGGAAAAGUACCUGGAAUAUGCAAAAUGCGUUCUGCGUGGUAGAUCCUGGAAUCAAAAUAUGUACUUGGAACAACAAACGCUUGCCAUGGUGACUUUUGCAAAGCACAUAACUCCUCGAGUGCGACUUAUCUACGCCAGAACCUUUUAUGGCUCUGAAAGGGAUGUUUUCUUCGACGCAUUGGAUAAAGAGAUUCUGUCUUGGAACGGUUCGCCUAAGAAAUGA